GCCUUUUCCAUUCUGUCAUUCUGGAGAAGAGAGCAUUGAGAGAAUCAGAGAGAAAGCGUUGAUUCGAAGCAGCAAGCAGAAAGAAAAAUGGUGAACUUCAUGCUGGAAAUUAAGGCGGAGCUUGAAAACCUCACCGACCUUCGGCCACAAGGAGGUUGCGAUGAUGAAAACUUCCGUUACCACUUCAAGCUAAAGUGUGGCCAUUGUGGUGAGAUCACCCAAAAGGAGACUUAUGUGAGCUUGGUUGAAACUGUUCCUCUUCCUAUUGGCAAGGGCCACACCCACCUUGUCCAGAAGUGUAAGUUCUGUGGCAGGGAUGGUACAAUAACCAUGAUCACUGGCCGCGGCCGUCCUCUGACUCACGCUGAUAGUGAAGCUGCAAAAUCUGCACCUUUGAUGCUAUUUGAGUGCAGGGGUUUUGAGCCGCUGGAUUAUGUUUUCCGAGGAGAAUGGGAAGCUAAAUCUCUUGAGGGAACGAAAUUUGAAGGCAUUGAUUUGUCCGGAGAUGAGUUUGCUGAGUAUGAUGAGAAGGGGGAGUGUCCAGUGAUGGUUUCCAAACCAAGUGCCACUUUUAAUGUAGUGAGGUAGAUCCAACAUUGCUCUAUUGUGUGUUACUGGUACACAGAAAGGGAAGUGUAACUGUUUUGCACUCUCAAUGUGCAAGUUGCUAACUGCUGAGGAUGGGUGUGUUGGUUUUUGAUGUACAUUGAACACGAACUACUUGCACGAGAUUAGAUGGUUACUUCCAUGAAGAAACCAUUGUUAUGGAUGUCAAUAUUGUCUUCCCAGGGUUUUUCAGAAUAGCUCUUUUUAGUCAUCUAAUGUGAAAGCUGGUAAAACUGUUUGACUGGAUCUAUUGUUUUUCACUGUGAUUGGUGUUGGUAUAUCGAUGUGUGUUGCUUACUAUGCUAUUUCCCCAA